AUGGCUGUGGUCAGCGGAACUUACCGUAUGGUGUCGGAGGAGGAGCAGGCUCUCAGGGCCAAGCUGGAACGUCUCACCGUCAAGGACCACGGGCCAGUGUUUGGACCUUGCGCCAGCGUGCCAGACCACACCAAGCAGAAGGCCAAGGACGAACUGAACGAGACAGAUGAGAAGCGAGUGUCUGCAGUGAAGGAGCUGCGAGGAAUGAUUAAAGAGAAGGCAGAUGCAGGCGAUGAUCUGGCCAAAGGGGUCCAGGACACCUUUGGGGAGAAACCAGACAGUUUGCUGGUCCGCUUCAUCCGGGCCAGGAAGUACGACGUUCCCAGAGCCUUCGACCUGAUGAAAGGCUACGUGCGUUUCAGAAAGGAUUACCCCGAGCUGUUUGAGAAUCUGACCCCGGAGGCUGUACGCAGCACCAUCGAGGCCGGUUACCCCGGCAUCCUGCAGAGCAGAGACAAAUACGGCCGCGUGGUUCUGCUCUUCAACAUUGAGAAUUGGGACUACGAAGAGAUCACCUUUGAUGAGAUCCUGCGCGCUUACUGUGUGAUCCUGGAGAAACUGCUGGAGAACGAGGAGACUCAGAUCAACGGGUUCUGCAUCAUUGAAAACUUCAAGGGCUUCACCAUGCAGCAGGCGUCAGGAAUCAAACCCACUGAGCUCAAGAAGAUGGUGGACAUGCUGCAGGACUCAUUCCCUGCCCGUUUCAAAGCUGUGCACUUUAUCCACCAGCCCUGGUACUUCACCACCACCUACAAUGUGGUCAAACCACUUAUGAAGAGCAAGCUGCUAGAGAGAGUGUUUGUCCAUGGAGACGAGCUGGAGAACUAUUACAAGGAGUUUGACGCUGACAUCCUUCCUUCUGAGUUUGACGGAAAAGGUUCCAAAUAUGAUGGCAAGGCCACAGCAGCCAAGCUGUUUGACUAA